AUGGAGAAGGUACAGGAGAAGCCUGUCUUCAAUCUGGCCAAACUGGGCUACCAGUUGUGCCAGUCUCCCUCAACUAUUGGGUGGCUCUUCAAUGGCCAGAGUCUAAAGCUCACAGAGAGGAUGAAGCUGUCCCAGGACAACAGCACCCUCACCAUAGACCCUGUCAGGAAGGAGGAUGCCGGGAAUUACCAGUGUGAGGUCUCCAACCCAGGCAGUUCCAGCCAAAGUGACCCUGUCCAACUGGCUGUGGAAGGUGGUUUCACGCAACCAAAUUCUGGCCUUCCACCUGGGGCUAUUGCGGGCAUCGUGAUUGGAGUCCUGGCUGGGGUUGUUGUGAUAGCAGCCCUGGUGUACUUUCUGUUUAUCAGAAAGAGUGGCGGGGCAAGUGACCUGCGUGAUGUCACAGAGCACAAACCCUCAGCCUCCAACCACAGUCAGGACCACUCUGACAAUUUGUCUAACAAGAUUGAAGAAGUUGCAUAUUCUUCCCUGAACUUCAAUGCCCAGGAACCAAAGAAAUCAACUUCAGCCUCCCCCUCCCCAGCAGCCACAGAAACGGUGUAUACAGAAGUACAAAAGAAGUAACGCAACCUGUCCGGCUCGCAACCUGUCCUGCUCGCUGUGCUCACUCUUUCCAAGCUUCUCAUCCCCAUCACUGUGGGAUCCCUUUACCCUCAGGGAAAAGGGGAAGAAGCCUCUUUCCCCACCUCACUCCCUAACGAGGCACCUCCAGGCUGCCUGGUCAUAGCCCCUCCCUUCAGUGUCAAUAGAUGAAAAGGUACAUCCGGGAUUCUAGGAAACCCAACCUUCCCUGUCAUUGAAAUUUGGCAAAGCAGACCUUGGGAAGUUGCCACAACCUCUGCCCCUCCUCCUUCCCUUGUUUUAAACUUACCUAUUCAGAGCACAGUCAUUCCUUCCUGCCCCAGUCCUGUCCUACUGGAGUCUAACUUGAAUUUACCAUAACCUUGAGAGUCCUCUCCUGAUCCACUAAAAUGCACGUGCCAGAAAAGAAGAGAGAGAAGAAGUAAAAGUAAAAACUUCUAUCUCUCCAAAGCCCCGUGUGAACCCCACCCUGCACAGGAAAACAAAUAUGCUGAAUGGAGAUGCUGAACUAUACCUUUGUCUACUGUCAAAGUUGUCUACCAGGGCCUGAACACCUUGCUGCUUAACUAGAAAGCCACCUAAGCCAUUUGACAAGCCUGUCUUCAGAGAACCCACUAGAAGCAAUUAAGAAAAUUAUUCACUGAGGUCUACAGGUGAUUCCUAAUGGAAAAUGCAAAAAAAAAAAAAAAUGCAUGUAUGUUUCAUAAGCCCACAGAAGGAGGGCUUAUAGCUUCAGGGAGCAGUCAGCUCUUAGUAGAGAUAAUCAGCUGGGAAUUUGGGAAAGGAGUCAGAGAGCUACCCUUCAGAGAUUAUUUGAAUAAUUGUUAAAGAAUGCAGUUUGGUGUAUUAGGUUUUUUCCCUGAGAUAUUCUGCCAUUUUAGUUUUUGCAACUGCUUGUUUCUGUGAAAGGGGCUAUUUCUACUUAGCUAUGUAAGUCAACCUGACUGCCUUCAGUGAAAGAAGCCACCAAGACCCCUCAAGUCCCCUUGGCCAGGAGCUCCUCGAGGUGUUUAUGUCGGGGGCUCCAAAAAAGAAAAGCAGUAGCAGCGGUUUUCCUCCUUCGUGGCUAGUAAUGGGUCUAACUCAGUUUCCCGGCAUCUCAGGCCGGUCUUCAACCACCAUUGCUUUCCACGUCUCUGCUGCACAUGGUGUCUGCCCCACUCACUUUCUCAGGAGACCUGGCCUCUUGCCAAGGUUCCACUGGUCCUUGAGAAGUGGGGGUGCCCUGAAGGGAACACACUCAUGCCCCUGUUGGCAUUGCUUAUCUCCCUGGAAAGCUGCCCUGGUGCUGAUGCUCCUGGGGAACCAGGGCUGUGAGGGGUGUUAGGACAGGGGAGGGUGAUAACUGGGUCAGAGGCAUCUUGAAUAGCCUCGGAAAUGUUUUCUCCCAUGGGGGUCUAUGAGCCCCAGUGUGCAGAAUAGAAAGGAAGGGCAGGAGAAGGAAAGGCAACGUACUUCCCACCCAGCCUCCUCCUACACAGUCUCUUUGGGGCUGUUGAGAAAGGGGUUUUAUUCGAUAUUGAUUACUUGAUGUCAUGCUUUGUCUGAGGCCCCUCAAAGAGGGCGAGUUGGGAAUUCUCUGUACUCAGGUACCUCUUUCAAGGGUUUUCUAACCCUGACAGUCUGUAUAUACUUCCCCUCAUCCAUGCUAUUCUGUGUUAUUUAAUUUUGUCUGGCUAGGGCCACUUCUGAAUUAUUUGUAAAAUCUCUAUAUUUAUAAUAAAAAUUAUAAAGUCAACAUGAA